CCUACCCCUGCCAGCACCAGGGCGUCUGCGUGAGCGUCGGCCUCGGCGGCUACGAGUGCGACUGCACCCGCACCGGCUACACAGGGCCCAACUGCACCACGCCCGAGCUCUGGACCUGGCUUCGCACGCUGCUCAAGCCCAGCCCGGCCUUCUACCACUUCAUCCUCACCCACUUCCAGGGGCUCUGGGACAUCAUCAACGCCACCUUCGUGCGGGACAUGCUCAUGCGGCUGGUGCUCAUAGCCCGCGCCAACCUCAUCCCCAGCCCGCCCACCUUCAACUCUGCCUACGGCUACGUCAGCUGGGAGGCCUACGCCAACGUCAGCUACUACACGCGGGUGCUGCCGCCCGUGCCCGACGGCUGCCCCACGCCCAUGGGCACCAGAGGGAGGAAGCAGCUGCCGGACGCGCAGCUCCUGGCAGAGCGGUUCCUGCUGCGGCACAAGUUCGAAGCCGACCCCCAGGGCACCAACCUGAUGUUCGCCUUCUUCGCCCAGCAUUUCACCCACCAGUUCUUCAAGACCUCCGGGAAGAUGGGCCGCGGCUUCACCAAGGCGCUGGGCCACGGGGUGGACCUUGGGCACCUGUACGGGGACAACUUGCAGCGGCAGCACCAGCUGCGACUCUUCAGGGAUGGGAAGCUCAAAUUCCAGGUGGUGGACGGUGAGAUGUACCCRCCGACGGUGGCCGACGCGCCCGUGCACAUGGUCUACCCGCCGGCCCUGCCCAAGGAGCAGCAGAUGGCCAUGGGCCAGGAGGUGUUCGGGCUCCUGCCAGGGCUCUGCCUCUACUCCACGCUCUGGCUUCGCGAGCACAACCGCGUCUGCGACAUCCUGAAACAGGAGCAUCCCACGUGGGACGACGAGCAGCUCUUCCAGACCGCCCGCCUCAUCCUCAUCGGGGAGACCAUCAAGAUAGUCAUUGAGGACUAUGUCCAGCACCUCAGCGGGUACUUCCUGAGCCUCAAGUUUGACCCCGAGCUGCUCUUYGGGGAGCAGUUCCAGUACCGCAACCGCAUUGCCGUGGAGUUCAACCAGCUCUACCACUGGCACGGGCUGAUGCCGGACUCCUUCAUCAUCCAAGGGGAGGAGUACAGCUACGAGCAGUUCCUCUACAACACCUCCAUGCUCACGGACUACGGCGUGGAGGCCUUGGUGGAGUCCUUCUCCAGGCAGAUUGCAGGCAGGAUCGGUGGGGGCCAAACCAUCAACGCCAACGUCCUGAACGUGGCCGUGGGGGUUAUCCAGGAGUCCCGGCAGCUGCGGCUCCAGCCCUUCAACGAGUAUCGCAAGAGGUUUGGCAUGAAGCCCUACGCCUCCUUCCAGGAGCUGACAGGAGAGGAAGAGAAGGCGGCAGAGCUGGAGGAGCUCUACGGAGACAUCGAUGCCCUCGAGUUUUAUGUGGGCUUGCUGCUUGAGAAACCCCAUCCCAAUUCAAUUUUUGGGGAAAGCAUGGUGGAGAUUGGGGCUCCGUUUUCCCUGAAGGGGCUGCUAGGAAACCCCAUCUGCUCCCCCGAGUACUGGAAACCCAGCACGUUUGGCGGAGCAACUGGCUUCGAGAUUGUUAAGACAGCGUCGCUGAAGAAACUCGUGUGCCUCAACGUGAAGAAGUGCCCGUACGUGUCUUUCCGCGUGCCAGACACUGCGGAGCCAGGAGCAGCCGCGGCACAGCAGCGUGGUGGAUCAUCUACUGAGCUCUAGCACCGCCACAGCCCUGCACAGAGAGUGGUGGGGAAGGAGAGGAGACCUGCAAGUUCCCUCUGCCAAACCCAGCGGGACAGAAGGUCGCGCAGCUCCAGGCUUCUCCACAGUGCUGCUGGAGCCCUGGCAGGGGGGGAAGCUGGUUCUAGCUCCAAGAAAAGCUAAAGUGCCUUAAAAAUUAUAGCUCCCAUGAACCGUCCUCCACAGACCACCUUYCCUUGCUAACAGAUACCUUGCACUCAGCAGCUUUGGGGCUGUCCAGGGGGCUCCCCACAUCCUCCUGCCCCACUCUGCUGCCCUCUGACCGCCACCGCUUUUCAGCGUAGGCCAGGAACAGGCUUUUCAGGCCCCCAAACUGCAGGGGUUUCCCUUGCGCGGGACACGGA